AUGGCCUCCCUCUCAGCAGCGUCCCGCAUGCACGGCGGCGGCGGCAGCGGCGACGGCAGCGGCAGUGAGAGAAUACACACACAUACGAACAGGAGUGUGCUCGUGCAGUCAGGCGAGACGGACGAUGUCGACGUCGCUCCGGGGCGAGAGAUGGUCGAGAAGCCGGCCGUUAAGCCAUGGGCUCAUUUCCUUGCUGGGGGACUCGGUGGAAUGACGGCCGCAACGCUUACAUCCCCGCUGGAUGUGCUCAAGACUCGUCUGCAGUCGGAUUUCUACCAGGCCCAGCUGCAACAGCUUCGCGCCCAGCACCCACUGCCACCGGCCAGCUCGUCGAUUUCCGCCCUUACUCGCAGUGCAGCGUUACAUUUCAGCGAGACGAUCCAGAUGCUGCGGUCGAUACAUGUCCAUGAAGGCUGGCGGGCGCUUUUCAAAGGCCUAGGCCCCAACCUGACUGGGGUCGUGCCGGCGCGAGCUAUCAACUUCUACGUGUACGGCAACGGGAAACGGAUACUGAACGACUACUUCCGGUACGACCCAAACGAGUCCCCUGUUGCCAUCCAUCUCGGCGCCGCAGCCAUCGCGGGCAUAGCGACGGGAACUGCCACAAACCCCAUCUGGCUCGUUAAGACGAGGAUGCAGCUGGACAAGAACGCCUCUCAGCAGCAGCAGGGAGGCGGCCAGGCGGUGAGGAAAAGGCAGUACGCCAACUCGCUAGACUGUAUCCGCCAGACCGUCCGACACGAAGGCAUCCAGGGCCUGUAUCGCGGCCUAUCAGCUUCGUAUCUGGGUGUGUCCGAGAGUGCGCUCCAGUGGGUGCUGUACGAGCAAAUGAAGCGUGUGCUGGCCCAGCGAGAAGCCCGACUGGCUGCUGAUCCAUCGCACGUCCCCGGCUGGACUGACGAUGUGAUUUCGUGGGGCGGCAAGCUUGUGGCGGCUGGAUCCGCAAAACUGGUGGCUGCUGUAGCGACCUACCCGCACGAAGUGGUGCGAACGCGGCUGCGUCAGGCGCCGACCGUUCAAUCCGGCUCAGGGAAGGCUCAGAUGAAAUAUACUGGUCUGGCGCAGUGUUUCAAGGUUGUCUGGAAGGAAGAAGGCAUGGCGGGUAUGUAUGGCGGCCUCACGCCUCAUCUGCUCAGAGUCGUGCCUAGCGCAGCGAUCAUGUUCGGGAUGUAA